AUGGAUAUUCAAUACAUUGCGCGGGAAAAUAAACGGAACCCUGUUUUGAGGCAGGAGUUCUUUGCGGCACUUCUUCCUGUCUUUGCUGGCAAUCAUGAUAAGGUGGCGCAGCUCCACGAUGACUAUUGUGAAGGCAAGUAUGUACCCAAUAUUACACUUGCAAUUGAGGCAUUCAUCGCAUUCCUUUGUAACGUCACCAAGCAUGCGGACGUAUACUCUGGAAUCUCGUACUUUGACAUGGGAGACCCGAAUGGUCCACAAGCUGGGCAGUACACCUCACUCAAACUUUUAGACCCGCUUGAUGACCCAUUUGUCUUUGAUAAUGUCAGGGCAGAGCGCAUUGAAACGGUAGAACGAUUUAGGCAGCAUGACAUUCAGGUUGGACCAGUGCGGGCCCCUGCCACUGGCUUCAUCGCCGCAAACUCAAAGUCCUUGAACUACUUUACACACCGUCCUGAGGAGGUUGUCUACGUGUCGACGGACGCGGACCAGGGCCUUUUCCGGUCGUUGAAAAAGUCUGCACACUACAAAGCGAUCGCCGCCAACCCGGCAAUGCAAUUUUUGCUUCACGCACAUAAUGGUGCUGGUGUUGUGGCAACUUUCAACCGCUUUUUUUACCGCACCAUGCCGAUGCUUGCUUUUUAUCAGAAGCUGCUGAAACACUACACAGAGAACGUGCAUUCGCUGCGACAGACGGCGCAGAAUAGUGUACGUGGAUUGGCACGUGUGUUGGAGAACGAACGCUCCGCUGCCAUCGAGGAAUUCAGACGCAACAGUGAACGGUACUGGCGGAACGUUUUGGAGGGCCGCAGCGUGGAGCAGGCCAUGGGUGGAAAUGGGGGUGGUGCUGGUGGUGGUGGUGGUGGUGGUGAGAGAAGCGGCAACGGUGCCACAUCCGCCAUGACAUCUGCAACACCAUCGUCUCAGGGAGCCAUUGCUGGGGACGUCGCCAGGGCCCUUGGCGGUGGCCGAGCAGACGAUCAGAAACGAGGCACGCAAACACAGCAGCAGCAACAAAAAACGGAUAGGGAUACUGGCAGUGGUGUCCGCACGACGUUUUCUCCACGCCAGGGCGGCUCACGCAGCAUGACGGACCUGCUGUCGAAGCUUAAUAAACCGAAAGGGUCAAGUAGUUCGGGCACCGCGAAGGGCCCGACGAGGCAGGGCCCGGCCAAACCUCCCGCUAGUGGGAGCCGUGGGGCAAAGCCAUAA